GGAAGAAGAAUAACUCCCUUUAGCCACGUUAUUAAAUCUCAUUGGCUAUAUACAUCUACAUAUUUACAUAUCUACCUAUAUGUACACCUCCUCUGCUAACUUACCCUGUUUUCAACAUUCAGGAGCAUCUUCGUCACCCUAUUGGCGAUUUACUCUGGAAACAUGGCAGGAAUGUACAUCAUAGGAUCUUUAGCAGGAACAUUCGCAUUUGCAUAUUUAUGUGACAUCACUGUUUCCGAAUGGAAGAUAUUUGGAGGUAGCACACCGGGAACUGUUUCAAACAAGGAAUGGUUUAAAGAAACCGAAAAGAGGUUCCAGGAUUGGCCUCGCACUGCAGGACCUCCUGUUGUGAUGAACCCCAUUAGUCGCCAAAAUUUCAUCGUGAAACCUCGUUCUGAAUAGACCAUCUCACAUCUAUGACCUAAAUGAUUAUCUUCACCUUGUUUUGGCAUCCAGAAUUAUUAAAUACUUUAAUUGUUGGAUUAGAUUUUUCAAUCAAUAACUCUGGUUUAACAUAGUUUCAAACUAUGUUCACUGUUAAAAACCAGUGUAGGGAAAUUUUGUAUUUAACAAAAUAUCAUUUUUAUUUUAUUUUUAUUUGUGGCUUCAUAAUAAUCUAACAUUACUGGUUAGGCUUUCAUUUAUUUAACAUAUUUUGGCAAGUAGUUUUAUAUUAGGAUAUUAUGGCAAGACAAUUUAAUUCAAAAAAUAAUAUUAGAGGCA